UCAGCGGAGCGCGGUGACGGCGGCGCGCUCACCCCGCGCAUGCCCAGUGCCCGCCCUCGCCGCCAGGGUCGCAAGCACAGCGCAGGCCAGCUGGCCGGAUCCCGCCGUCUGUCAUGGCGGCCCCCAUCCUGAAAGAUGUAGUGGCCUAUGUUGAAGUGUGGUCAUCCAAUGGAACAGAAAAUUAUUCAAAGACAUUUACAACACAGCUUGUGGAUAUGGGGGCAAAGGUUUCAAAAACUUUCAACAAACAAGUAACUCACGUAAUCUUCAAAGAUGGCUACCAGAGCACUUGGGACAAAGCUCAGAAGAGAGGCGUAAAGCUCGUUUCGGUGCUCUGGGUUGAAAAAUGCAGGACAGCUGGAGCACACAUUGAUGAAUCAUUGUUCCCUGCAGCUAAUACGAAUGAACACUUACCAAGCCUAAUUAAAAAAAAACGUAAAUGUAUGCAGCCCAAAGAUUUUAAUUUUAAAACACCAGAAAAUGAUAAGAGAUUUCAGAAGAAAUUUGAGAAAAUGGCUAAAGAGCUACAAAGGCAAAAAACAAGUCUAGAUGAUGAUGUACCUAUUCUCUUAUUUGAAUCUAAUGGUUCAUUAAUAUAUACUCCCACAAUUGAAAUUAAUAGUAGUCACCACAGCGCAAUGGAGAAGAGAUUACAAGAGAUGAAGGAGAAAAGGGAAAAUCUUUCCCCCACCUCUUCCCAAUUGAUUCAGCAGUCUCAUGAUAAUCCAAGUAACUCUCUGUGUGAAGCACCUUUGAACAUUUCACGUGAUACUUUGUGUUCAGAUGAAUACUUUGCUGGUGGCUUACACUCAUCUUUUGAUGAUCUUUGUGGAAACUCAGGAUGUGGAAAUCAGGAAAGGAAGUUGGAAGGAUCCAUUAAUGACAUUAAAAGUGAUGUGUGUAUUUCUUCACUUGUAUCGAAAGCAAAUAAUAUUCAUUCGUCACCAUCUUUCACUCACCUCGAUAAAUCAAGUCCUCAGAAAUUUCUGAGUAAUCUUUCAAAGGAAGAAAUAAACUUGCAAAGAAAUAUUGCAGGCAAAAUAGUCACCCCUGACCAAAAGCAGGCUGCAGGUAUGUCUCAGGAGACGUUUGAAGAGAAGUAUCGCUUGUCUCCUACGUUAUCUUCAAUAAAAGGCCACCUUUUGAUACAUUCAAGACCCAGGAGUUCCUCAGUAAAGAGAAAAAGAGUAUCACAUGGCUCCCAUUCACCUCCGAAGGAAAAAUGCAAGAGAAAGAGGAGCAUCAGGAGAUCUAUCAUGCCGAGGCUGCAGCUGUGCAGGUCAGAAGGCAGGCUGCAGCACGUGGCAGGACCUGCCCUCAAGGCUCUUAGCUGUGGGGAGUCUUCAUAUGAUGACUAUUUUUCACCUGAUAAUCUUAAGGAAAGGAAUUCAGAGAAUCUUCCUCCUGAAUCUCAGCUGCCAUCAAGCCCUGCUCAGUUCAGCUGCAGAAGUCUUUCUAAGAAGGAGAGAACAAGCAUAUUUGAAAUGUCUGAUUUUUCCUGCGUUGGUAAAAAAACCAGAACAGUUGACAUUACCAAUUUCACAGCAAAAACCAUCUCCAGUCCUCAGAAAACUGGAAAUGGUGAAGGCCGUGCAACUUCGAGUUGCGUGACUUCUGCCCCUGAAGAAGCCCUAAGGUGUUGUAGACAGGCUGGGAAAGAAGACGGAUGCCCAGAGGGAAAUGGCUUUUCUUACACCAUUGAGGACCCUGCUCUUCCAAAAGGACAUGAUGGUGAUUUAACUGCUUUGGAAGGAAGCCUUGAAGAAAUGAAAGAAGCGGUUGGUCUGAAAAGCACACAGAACAGAGGUACCACUUCCAAAAUAUCAAACUCCUCUGAAGGCGAAGCCCAGAGUGAACAUGAGCCAUGUUUUAUAGUUGACUGUAACAUGGAGACGUCCACAGAAGAGAAGGAAAACUUACCCGGAGGAUACAGUGGAAGUGUUAAAAAUAGACCAACAAGGCAUGAUGUUUUAGAUGACUCAUGUGACGGAUUUAAGGACCUCAUCAAACCUCAUGAGGAAAUGAAGAAAAGUGGGAGAGGCAAAAAGCCAACAAGAACAUUAGUCAUGACAAGCAUGCCAUCUGAAAAGCAGAAUGUCGUCAUCCAGGUUGUGGAUAAAUUGAAAGGCUUUUCAAUUGCACCAGACGUCUGUGAGACCACGACUCACGUGCUUUCCGGGAAGCCACUUCGCACCCUGAAUGUGCUGCUGGGAAUCGCGCGUGGCUGCUGGGUUCUCUCUUAUGACUGGGUGCUAUGGUCUUUAGAAUUGGGUCACUGGAUUUCUGAGGAGCCGUUCGAACUGUCUCACCACUUCCCUGCAGCUCCCUACAUUCCGUUCAAGUUGGAAGGACCACAUGCAUCAAACCACCAGCCUGUGAAAGUAAAACACAGAAGGAAUUAGGAACUAGGUGAUGCCAGCUCCCACCACGAAGACAGCAAUACUCAGCUAAGGCAGGAGGCACACUGCAGGCAUGUGGAGUAGGCACAUGCAGAUGAUGGUGAGUAUAGGAUGUGCACUGGCAGAGGGAUUGUUUUCCAGCCAUACACCCAUGACAUCACAGUUCCAUUACGGCAAAUGCUUUUACAAGCGUUCUUCCACCUUUCCCUUGUGCUGUGUGGAGAGGCCUGAAUUCUCCACAAUCCUAUUUGGUAAGCCCACAGUGUGUACACACUUACAGCAGGAGUAAGCAAACAUCUGAGGCACAGUUGGAAAACUCUCCUUCAACCAGGAUUACUUUCCAGUCCCAGCAACAUGGUGGGCUAGACUCACUCAGGCUCCCCUUGCUCUAUUAAAUGAUUUUUUUGAUUGAAGUUUAACCCAAAAUAUUAAGUACUCAGUGGAGCUACAUAAAAAGGAAGUCUCUAUGUUUCAGAGACAAAAAGGAAAUUUAAAGUGAGAGUGUGUGCUCACUCAGCUAGAGCCAGGGCAGGAGAGGUGUCCAGCACAGGGGCUGUGGGAGUGAAGUCCCAUCUGCACCUUAAUUUCUGGGCUUGGCCAAAAACAGGAGCAUGCUGAGGUUUGUGAGAGAAAGAAACACAGUAGUCCCCCCUUAUCUGCUAUUUUUGCUUUCUGCACUUUGAGAUACCCGAAGUAAGCUGGGCCCUAAAUAUUAAAUGGAAAAUUCUACAAAUAAUCUGUAAGCAGGGGCCGGGCGCAGUGGCUCACGCCUGUACUCCCAGCACUUUGGGAGGCCGAGGUGGGUGGAUCACGAGGUCAGGAGACCGAGCAUCCCGGCUAACACGGUGAAACCCCGUCUCUACUAAAAAUACAAAAAAUUAGCUGGGCGUGGUGGCGGAAGCCUGUAGUCCCAGCUACUCAGGAGGCUGAGGCAGGAGAAUGGCGUGAACCCGGGAGGCGGAGCUUGCAGUGAGCCAAGAUCGCGCCACUGCACUCCAGCCUGGGCGACAGAGUGAGACUCCGUCUCAAAAAAAAAAAGAAUCUAUAAACCUUAAAUUGCAUGCCGUUCUGAGUAACGGGAUAAAAUCUCCUGCUGUCCACUUCAUCCCUCCCAGAACAUGAAUGAUCUCCUCUAUCCAGUGGAUCCACGCUGUCUACAUCCGGUCUCUUGAUCACUUAGUAGCUGUCUUGGUUAUUAGAUCGAUUGUCACAGUAUCACAGUGCUUAUGUUCAAGUAACCCUUAUUUGACUUGAUAAUGGCCCCAAAAGUGCAAGAGUGAUGAUGAUGGCAAUUCAGAUAUGUCAAAGAGAAGCUGUAAAGUGCUUCCUUUAAGUGAAAAGGUGAAAGUUCCUGACUUAAUAAGGAGAGAAAAAAAUCGUUUACUAAGGGUGCUAAGAUCUAUAGAAGAACAAAUCUUAUAUCCAUGAAAUUGGAAGCAAUAUGUUGUAUAUUAUUCAGUUGUAUUAUUGUUAAGUCUCUUGUGACUAGUUUACAAACUAAACUUUGUAAGUAUGUGUGAACAGGAAAAAAUAUACACAUAGGGUUUGAUACUGUCUGUGAUUUCAGGCAUUUGCUGGACAUCUUGGAAUGUUUCCCCUAAGGAUAAGGGAGGACUGCUGUAACCUUGAUUUUACAUAUGCUAAUCUGAAUAAAUCUCAAAAACACUGUGUUGGAGGAACACAUACAGUAUGAUACUCCUUAUAUUAAUUUUUAAAAUAGAGAAAAUAAUUAUGAUUGAUAUCUCCAUGUGUAGGAAAAUUAAUAAAUAAAGUGAAUUAACCUCGACCCAAGCGGCAGGUAGGGAAUGGCACUGGCAGGUCCCCUUUAGCCUUACCCGUAAUGCAUUA